UCUCCGCCUCGACACCACCGGCCAUUAUCCGCAGAAUACGAGCGUUUCUUUCGUUUUGAGGCCGUUCUGCUCCACCUCUUUGAGACCAUGGACGAGGCAUCCCCGCCGUCUCUGACUGAUCUGUGCAUGACUCUGGUGAGCUCCAGGCUGGAGCUCUUCUGUGAGAUGCGUGAUGACGGCUCGCUCUCCUUCCGUGAGCCGCUGGUCUUCCCGCAGGAGCUGGCCGACCAACUGCUCUGCAAGAUGGCCACUGAAGGCCUGUUGAAUGACAGCACAGUGGGAAUCUUCCGAAGCUGCCAGCAGUUCCGGUUGCGUCACGCCUGCAUCCGCACCGCCCGAAUCUCCGCCGAGGCCUUCCACCGUGCCCUCUGCCUGCACCGCCUCGUGGAGCUAGAUGCUUCACGGGUCAACGCUGACCUCACCAUUGCCGACAUCCUUCGAGGUUUAUCAUCCAGUAAAACCUUGCAGGAGAGUCUGCAGCGGCUCGUCCUGAACGGCCUGACCAUGUCUUCUCUGGAGGAGCCCAGCUGUCGCUGUUUCAGUGCCAUGAAGGGGUUGCGUGCACUCAGUGUGUCCAGUGUCGACUUCUACGACUCGGGCUUGGUGGAUGUGUGCACGCUGCCUCGCUUGGAGAGUCUGGAUAUCUCCAACACCUCAGUGACUAACCUGACCCCGCUCCUGGGCUUGAGAAGCAGGCUACGCUACCUCACCAUGCACCAGCUCAAGAGGCUGGAGAUGACCACCGCUCAACUGCUGGCUGUGCUCAGUCAGGAAGUAGACUUUUCACACCAAAGUGCCAACUAUGAUUUCCCUUUGAACAGUUGUUCUGUUCCCCCCCCCCAGCUGCAGAAGAACUGCUUGCUGUCUCUAUGCAGUGAUCGAAUCUUGCAGGAGGUUCUCUUCAACAGGUUUGAAGCUGCCAAGCUGGUCAUGCAGUGGCUGUGUAACCACGAGGAUCAGAACAUGCAGAGGAUGGCUGUGGCUAUUAUCUCCAUCCUUGCUGCCAAGUUGUCCACUGAGCAAACUGCACAAUUAGGAGCUGAGCUUUUUAUCGUAAAGCAACUCCUGCACAUUGUGCGUCAGAAAACGUGUCAGGGUAUCGUGGACGCCACGUUGAAGUUCACACUCAGUGCUCUGUGGAACCUCACAGAUGAAUCUCCUACCACCUGCAGACACUUCAUAGAGAACCAGGGACUAGAGCUCUUCAUCAAAGUACUCGAGUCCUUUCCAUCAGAGUCGUCCAUUCAACAGAAGAUCUUGGGUUUACUGGUAAGAAACAGUGGGGGGGGUCAAAAUCCAGAGGUGGAGGUCAGUUAUUUUGCCGCAGGCAUCUUGGCCCACCUCACCUCACGGGGCGAGAAGGUGUGGACCCUCGACCUGUCACUCAGGACCACACUGCUAGAGCAACUGCAUUCAGCGAUUCUGAAGUGGCCAUCGCCGGAAUGUGAGAUGGUAGCAUACAGGUCGUUCAACCCUUUCUUCCCUUUACUGGAGUGCUUCCAGACCCCAGGAGUCCAGCUGUGGGCCGCAUGGGCCAUGCAGCACGUCUGCAGCAAAAAUGCGGGCCGGUACUGCAGCAUGUUACUGGAGGAGGGAGGACUGCAGCAGCUAGAGGCCAUGAGGUCACAUCCCAAAACCCACAGCGACGUGCUGCGAUUGGCUGAAAGCAUCCUUGACAGUUUGCAUCACCACAAAGCGCGCACAGGAUACACAGGACCGCCCAAAAUACACGCGCAUAGAGAGAAAAACGUUCCAUGACAAGAUCAGUGGUCUCUGGAUAGGACACCA